AAGUGAAUUAGGCCAAAAGAAGGUGCAGAAAGUGAAAGCGAGCAAUCCCUGAAGUGGAUGUAGAAAAGCAACACCAACACUGCAACACUCGCAACAGAAAAAGCCAGAGAAGGAGAGGGACAUGAUAAGAGGGAAAAGGAGCUGCUUCAGCUGUAUAAAGCUCCUCCCACCCAGUUGUCCAACUCCCCCCCUGCCACUGAACACACUCUCUCCAAUCCCCACAAAGUGUAGUCGUCACUACUCCUCUUCUGCUGUAGCCAAAGAAACUAGUAGCAGCUGCAGUUGCAGUUUCAGUUGCAGUUGCAGAGAGAGCAAGCAAAGCAGCUCCUUCCUUUUCCACCGUAACACAUUAAUUCACCCCAAGGUUGGUGUCGCCGAAGGAGGAGGACGCCACCAAGAAGUGGAACGAGCUCUGUUGGCAACGCCGCACGGGUUGGACUCCAAGGCGAAGUCAUGCGAACAGGAGUCUGCACAGUGCAGCAGGCCCUCACAGCUGAGGUAGCCGCAGUCCUGAAGCACUCCCUCGACCUGGCCAGAAGAAGAGGCCAUGGCCAGGUCACGCCGCUCCAUGUUGCCGCCACCCUCAUGAGCUCCUCCUCCGCCUCAUCAGACCUACUUCGAAGGGCUUGCCUCAGAUCCCAGCCUCAUCACCCCGCCUCCCACCCGCUCCGGUGCAGAGCGCUUGAGCUGUGCUUCAAUGUGGCUCUCAACAGGCUCCCCACCACCGCUCCUCCUUCCUCCGGCCCUCUCUUCCCUUCGCCGUCCUCCCUCUCCAACUCCCUCAUUGCAGCCCUCAAGCGAGCCCAGGCCAACCAGAGGAGGGGCUGCAUUGAGCUCCAACAACAGCAACCUCUGCAGCAGCAGCAGCCGCCUCUUCUGGCCAUCAGGGUGGAGAUGGAGCAGCUCAUGCUCUCCAUCUUGGACGACCCUAGCGUUAGCAGGGUGAUGAAAGAGGCGGGCUUCUCUAGCAGCUGCGUCAAGAACAACCUGGAGGAGGAGACCUCUGUUUCAGGCCAGUCCUCACCACUUCUGUUCGAGUCCAGUAAGGACAUCAUCAACCAUGGCAGAGAUUUCUGGCAGAAGUAUCUUUUGAGACUGUCCGCUGAGCAGAGCCCGCCUCAUGCACCAAAAUCCUCCCUAAACGAGGACUUGAGGGUGGUCUUGGAGGUGAUGCUAAGGAAGGAGGGGAGGAGGAGCAACACCGUAGUGGUGGGGGAUUCUGCUUCCAUGGCAGAGGGGCUGGUGGCUGAGCUUAUGGGGAGGGUGGAGAGAGGUGAGGUCCCUGAUGAGCUCAAGCAUGCUAGUUUCAUAAACCUUCAGUUCUCCUGUGUGCAGCUCAGGCUCAUGAGCAAGGGUGAUGUGGACCUGAAGGUGUCUGAUCUCAGAAGAACCAUCAAUUCUCUAGCAGGAGAUAGAGUUGGUGGGGGUGUGAUCAUCCAUGCAGGGGACCUAAGUUGGGCAGUGCAUGAGGAAGCAAGAGAUGGGUGUGGCUUCAACGCAGUGCAGCACAUGGUUGCAGAGAUGGGUAGGCUGCUAUCCGAGUGCAAGAGCAUCAACAGCAAUGGUGUUGGGGCUGGCAGCAACAAGGUAUGGCUGCUGGCUAGUGCAAACUAUGAGACGUACGUGAAGUGCCAGAUGAGACAGCCAUCUCUCGAGAUGCAAUGGGCUCUGCAAGCAGUGGUGGUUCCCUCGGGUUGGCUGGGGCUGAGCCUCCAAGCUUCCAGUGGCCUGGAUUCAAGGGUGCCAAAAUUUGGUCAGUUUCCCUUCCAACUGGUUGAAUCAAAGGUUUUAAGCUCAAAAGAAGAUGAGAAGCUCACUUGCUGCAAUGAGUGUAUGUUCAAUUUUGAGAAAGAAGCAUUAUUUUUCAAUUCAGAAAUCAAAGACAUGAGCAAUAUCUCAACCCAGACCUCAAGCUAUCAUAAGGAAGCUUUGGUAGAAUUGAAGAGGAAGUGGAACAAGCUGUGCCAGAGUCUUCAUCACAGUCAAGCUCAUUUGUACCCUCCAUCGUUCAGUCAGAGUCUUAUCAGUAGUAGAAACUACUCCACCAAACCUUCAUCAAAUUCAUGGUGGUCUAGCGGCUUGUUCUCCAACCAAAACAAAAACUUGAUCGAACCACAUCCUGUAUCGUUCUCGGCGACUAGUCUAAAACUCAAUGCUGGAUUCUCAAGCACUGUAGUUGACAAGAAGAAUGAAACUGGGAACUGGCAGGAGAGAACCGAGUCAAAUCAAUGGUUGUCUGAAGCAAGCUUGAAUUCCCUUAAAAUGGCAGCAAAUCAGCAGGUUAUGACUGCUCUUGCUCUGUACAGUCCCCUAUACUCUGAUUCAGCAACAUCAAAAGACCAGACAAGGCGAUCGAUGGCAGAACCAUUAGAACUUGGACGACAACUGCAAGAGAACAUCCCCUGGCAAUCUGAAGCCAUCCCUUCGAUUGUGGAAGCAUUGCAUGACUGCAGAAAUGGUGACAAGAAGGUUGUUCGGCUGCUGAUCCAAGGAAAUGAUCAUGUUGCCAAGAGAAGACUUGCCCGGGUCAUGGCCGAGUCCUUUUUUGGAUCCCCCAAUAAACUGAUCCAGAUUAAUCAGAGGAAUUCGUCCACAACCGGAGAGGAUUCAUGCUUGGAGACCCUCAUAGAUGCCUUGAGAAAGGAACCGAAGUGUGUGGUCUUGAUAGAGGAUGUCAAUCGAAUGCAUUGCAACUUCGUCAACUCCUUCACGGGUGCGUUGAAAGUUGGAUCCUUCAAGGACUCAUUUGGUGGAGAAGUGAGCUUGGGUGAUGCAAUCUUCGUUCUUACCACUUCCAAGUUGACCAAAUUCGAUGUUGCCAACAACGUAGUGAAUAUGAGAUUCUGUGUUGAAGAUUCAUCACCUAGAGAUGCUAAGAGGAGGCCAGAAACUGAUCUGCAGAACAUGUCCAAGAAGGGGAGAACAGGUGAGUCCAGCUUCGAUCUUAACAUGCAACCGAGCGAGGACAGCGAGGAAGACGCCGUCCCCAGUGAUCUCACACAUGAGACAGAAUGCAUCAGUCUCCAUCUCCCACAAGAGCUUCUUGAAGCCACCGUUCAGCUCACAUUGGACGCAGGAAGUCACCAGUUCCAGGAAAUGAAGCUCAAUCUCCUCUCAAAGCUCCAUAGAGCCUUCGAGGAAAUCCCGAGCGAUGACAACGACAAGAAGGGACACCUCUUCAUCGACCCCACAGUGGGGGAGGAGCUAAUGGAGGCCUCUGGUUCCUUCUCAGAGAGCUUCUUCGAGCAUUGGGUGAGGGAAGUCUUCCAAGUGAGCUUGCAGAGCAUAAAAAAGGGCAGGAAUGUGAGAUUGAGCUUGGAAGGUGAAGAGAGACACGUUCAAGAGUCCGGAUUCAUGGGUUCUGUUCUACCACAUAGCAUACAUGUGGAUUGAAGCUGCAAGUGAACCCUCCCUCCUGUUGUAAACUUGCAGAGAUGAGCAUAACGCCACCCUGUAACAUGUUCUUCUGGCAAAAACUUCCCACUUCAAAGUCCUUCACUAGUGUUGAUCUUCUCUA